AUGCCCACCACUACCGCCAAACCAACAAUCCUCAUCAUACCAGGCUCCUUCUCAGCCUACGGCGCCUAUGACCCCUUCCUCACCCUCCUCCGCGCGGAAGGCUUCACCGCUCUCGCGAUCAAGCUCCCCUCCACCCAGAUGCGACACCCGCUGCCGCCAGCCACGCUGCAGGAUGAUGCGGCGCAUGUCAGAGGUGUGGUGGAGCGGCUGAUUGCUGAAGGAGAAGGCACGGAGGUUGUGGUGCUGGCGCAUAGUUACGGCGGGAGUGUUGCUACAGAGGCGCUUGCGGGUUUGGGAGUCAAGAGAUUGGUGUUUUUGAGUGCAAGUGCACCAAGGGUGGGCGAGAACCAAAUCAAAGCUAUGAGAUUGGAGGCGGGGUUUUUGCCGGAGGAGGUGGUGAUAUUACAGGGAGGAUACAUGCACAUGGAUCCCGUCAUCAUGGCUCCAUUUGUCUGCAACGACCUGCCCUACUCGCAAGCCUACGAGAACGCACUCCAGCUUCCUCACCACUCUGCUGUCUCCUUCCAGAGUGAGGUCACGCAGACGAGUUAUAAGGAUAUUCCUGUCACUUAUAUUUACUGUGAAAGAGAUAUUGUGAUUGCUCCGGAGAUUCAGCAGAGGUUCAUUGAUACGAUUGAGGAGGUCAGUGGGAGUAAGGUUGAUGUGAGGAGGAUUGAUGCGGGACAUUGUCCGAACUGGAGUAAGCCGGAUGAGCUGGUCAAAUUGCUGGUUGGCGCUGCACAGAUGUAG